ACUGAAGCAAUAUUGAAUGUACACAUAUUGUAUAACCUUACAUUCAGCAGCCUCAUACAAUUUGACUGUGAGUUGUUUCGUAAUGCUUGGUGAUUAUUAUUGAAACACCGAAACAAUUGUUUAACGACAACAACAAUGGCAAAUUUUAUUCGACUUGGUGUAACUCGAGUGCUAACAAAUAAAUUAGUACAAUCAACAUCGAAAAAAACCAAAUAUUCAAUAGCUCCAAGUUUAGUGAGGCAGAUUAACACUUCAUCCAAACCUACUCAAGCAAGUGCUGAUUCUUCCAUCACUCCAACAGCCAUAGAAGAAAGUACAGAUAAAAAUGUAGAAUACUGGCAAUGUUAUGGUUUUGAUCCAUAUGAUAAAUGGAUGGAUAGAUUCCUUUUCCACUCAACUAUGUUUUGUGUCGUUUCACUCUGUUUUGUUGGUGGAAUAUUUGUAUUUGCUUACCAACCAGACCACAAAUUAAUUGAUUGGUGUCAACGAGAAGCCUAUCUUCAAUUACGAUACAGAGAAGAUCAUGGACUUCCUUUGAUUGACCCGAACUAUAUUGAUCCAUCCAAAGUUAAACUGCCUACAGAUGAGGAGCUUGGAGAUACUGAAAUUAUCAUUUAAUUUAAUUAUUUAAGAAAAGUACUGUUAAUUAUUGGUAGUAAUUAAAUCAAUUUAUAGGAUAUAUAUAUGAAAAAUUAGUGUAAUAAUCAUGUGAAUAUUGAAUAUAUGUAUUUCCUGUA